UAAACAAAAGCACUUCGAUCCACCGGCAGCCAAGCUGCUCCUGUGGGUUUUUGUGCCGUCGACAGGAUAAUAAUUUAAUUAAUCUUUACCAUUAACAAGUUGGAAACAAUGUACAAGCUAGUCAGAAGCACCACCACCCGACUGUCCACCCUGAACCGGGCCAGCGUUCACAGAGGCCCCACAAACGAUGUGCCUCCGGCCAUCGGCCCCACUCCCGAUCUCGAUCCGGAAAUCAGCAAAAAGAUACAGGAAGACAAAAAGCGUCUCCAGUGGCGCACACCGUACUCUGAUCGGCCGGACAGCUUCUACAGCGCGUUCAAACUGUUCGCGUCGGAAAACCGUAACUCUGAGCUGGUGGAAAAGAUGCAACAACCGAUCGACCUCUCGCCGUCGGCCAUCCUGGAAUGGUGGCAGAAGCGUCGCACCACCAUCGAGGCGCACAUGCAAAAGUUUAUCCCGGAGCGGCAUGCCACCCUCGGGGACGACAUUGCCACGGCACAUUUUAUCGUGCAUCGGGGCGGAUCCGUGCGAUUCCGCGGAAGUGACAAAUGGAUUCAGAAAGACGAAGACGACGAGUACGACUUACCGCGGCACCACAUCCCGGGCAUGGUGCUGGAGGAGGUACGCUGCGACGGCAUGACGCUCUUCUACGAAGGCAUGGAAAACAUCCAAAAGCUGCUCCGGCUGAAGCAUCUGUCGUUCGAGAAGGUGGCACGGUUUGAUGAUUGGUAUCUGGAUCGGAUCUCCGGCAACGUGCUGCCCUCGCUGGAGCGGCUGAACUUGCGCGGGACGGCCGUUACCCACCGGGGGCUGAAUUGUUUGUACCGUUUGCCCUGCUUGAAGGUGCUGCUGGUCGACGAUCCGGAAAAGGACAUACACUGGAAGCUGACGGUGGCCAUGCUAGAGGAAUGGAAUCCUAAUCUGCGUGUCGUGGCGAGUGAUUGAAUAGGGGCAGGAAAAUCAAAAUUUUCCCCCGAAUAAAAUGACCAUAGCUAGCUGAAA